AUGUGCGGAAGAACUCGUUGCAGUCUAAGAGCCGAUGACAUUCCGAGAGCCUGCCACCGUACCACCGCUCCCACCCGCCUUCUCCAUAUCGACCGGUAUGUGCCGUCGCAUAAUGUGUCGCCGGGAUUCAAUAUGCCUGUUGUUCGUAGAGAUGAAGCAGCUGAGAGUGAAGGCCAUGUUGUUCAUUGUAUGAAAUGGGGUUUAAUCCCCAGUUUCACUAAGAAAACGGACAAACCUGAUCACUACAAGAUGUUUAAUGCUCGAUCUGAAUCCAUUGAUGAGAAAGCUUCAUUCCGUCGCCUGCUUCCUAAAAACAGAUGCCUUGUUGCAGUAGAAGGUUUUUAUGAGUGGAAAAAAGAUGGUUCAAAGAAGCAGCCUUACUAUAUUCACUUCAAAGAUGGACGACCUCUUGUUUUUGCUGCUCUUUAUGACUCAUGGCAAAAUUCUGAAGGUGAAAUACUAUACACAUUUACUAUUGUUACAACCUCUUCCUCUUCAGCUUUUCAGUGGCUUCAUGACAGGAUGCCUGUUAUUUUGGGAGACAAGAAUUCAACUGAUACCUGGCUAAGCAGCACUUCCAGUUUUAAGAGUGUGAUGAAGCCAUAUGAAGAAUCUGAUUUGGCAUGGUACCCUGUAACACCUGCCAUGGGCAAGCCAUCAUUUAAUGGACCUGAGUGUAUAAAGGAGAUUCAAGUAAAGACAGAAGGAAACACUCCAAUAUCUAAGUUCUUUUCAAGAAAGGUGGCUGAAGAUGAAGACACAAAGCCAGAGCAUAAAACACUAUUUCAUGAACCUGUCAAGACCGAACAAGCCAAAGACCUCAGCGAAGAAGCUAAAACAGAGGAGGGUGAAAGUGACUUAAAACCCAGUGGUUCUUCCCCUUCUCAAAAUGUAACCAAAUUCCCAAUCAAGCGUGAGUAUGUUGCUAUUUCAUCAGAUUUGAAACCCUCUUUAGCAAAUAAUGACAAGUCAAGUGCAAACCCGGCAAAGAAAAAGGAAAAGACAAAGACAGCUGAUGAUAAACAACCAACCUUAUUUUCCUACUUUGGAAAAAGGUAA